CUCGAAAUGUCUCUCUAUUUACAUGUACACUAUUCAGUUUAGUUUCUAUUGGUUUAUACAGUUGGUUGCCUCUUCUAUACAAUCAUGAAUUUUUUCUUAAGAAUUUGAAAGAGGGGAAAAUUUGUGAAUUCUUUUCAGAACACGUAUAUGUCUGAAGAAUGGUUUUGAACCAUAUUGUUAUCUUGGACCGUUCUAUUCUCUGUAACUCCAUGAAACACAUCUAGAAUCUUGAUUCUUGUAGAAAGCCUUCUCACCCGCUACACUAUUCCAGCAAACGCUCAUAGUUAUAAAUAGAGCAACAAGACGUCAUAAAUUAUUGAGCCCUUGAACUGCGAAGGAAAGCAUAUUCGAUAGUGACAUCCUACUAGAAAAUGACAAUUAACAUCUUUUCUAUCCAAGAUUUUUCAGACUUGGCUCUCAUCGCUUUAUAGGGUUAUAACGUUUUUUUACAGGAACUCACAGAAAAAUAGCUUGAAAGGCUUUACUCAGUCUAAAGAUUCAGUACUCUCCCAAGACUACCUUCUUCUGCUACAAAAAUUGGGGAUUUGUAAAACUCCAACUUAAGAAUGUCAACAACAGUUCAACCACGUUAUUUUGUGUAGCAGCAAGCGUUUGGUCAACAAUGCAAUCCAACGCUCUUCUCUCAAAGCCCUCCACAAAUUUGAAUUUUCAAUAUUUGUUGUGUGUAAUUAUGAAUCCUACUGCGGUGGUUAAACUGGAUGAAUAUCUACAAAAAGCCCGGAAACACUUUGAACAGUGGAAUGAAGAGCAGCUUCGGUUCCUCAACCAUAUCAAAGAAAGUCAUUUCACUAUGUCAAAGGACUUGCAAGAAAAAGCAGUGAGUUUGGCUCAAAGAGAAAAGCAAUUACUUGAAACUGCCGAGAAAAUAUCGGAACGACUUGAUAGCGAGAAACAAGAAAUAGAGGCGGUGAUGGCUGGUAUAUCACAGCUCAAGUCAAAGCAAGAAAUGAUACCUGAGAAAAAGACGAAACUAAAGGAAGAGUUGGAAAAUCAAUCGUCGCUUUUAAAGAGUCGGCAACGAGCUUUUUCUGAAAUCAACGAGACAAGUCAACAGAAAUAUGCCAACCUCCGAAACGCUAUUCGCACUUAUGAAAAUUGCUUGGGUCUUCGAUUGGAAAGAACAGAAGAUGGAAGAAUUGCUUUUAUCUUUACUCAUAUUAAUCAACAGGUUCCAGAGAGAGAAUAUUCUUUUUGUAUCUUUGUAGAUGAAAACGAUCAUUACCAAGUGGAAUCCUGUACACCGCCGGUAAAGGAUAUAACUGUGCUUUUGGAAAAACUUAACCGAGAUGAGGACCUUUCUCGAUUUAUCUUAUCCAUACGAAAACGCUUUCAAGCCAUGGUUUCCUAAAUAUAUUUAUCGCCUCUAUAUUUCUUUUGAAGAUUUUCAAUUUCUAUUUCUUCUAAAUUGUUUUAUCACGGCUAUGUGACACUCAACUCUUAAAAUAAAGAAAAUGGUUUGCUCUUUGCAAGAUUUUGUAACAAGGG